AUGGCUGACCCUCAUUUGCUCAUCAACCAGCGACAAAAGAGCUCAACCCUCAUGAUCGUGAGCUUCCUCGGAAGUGGCGUUCCUAAUCCGAGUAAACGUAACCGUAGCGGAUGGUUUGGUUACACUGCUCUGUUGCAUCGAAGCGCGUCCAUUCCAACUGACUCGUGA